AUGAGCGAAGAGAUGCAGGAGCAUCUCUUGCUACGUGCCUGCCCUACCACGAGGGUGGUUCACAACUUUCGAAAUAAAAUGCCCUCCUGUCUUGGAGCUGCCCAGUCCCUGAAGUCAACGAAAGGGUCGGUUGUCCUGGGCUACGUAUUUCGUCACUUAAACUUAGUGGAGAUAGAUUACUUUGGACUACGCUACUGUGACCGAAGUCAUCAGACGUACUGGCUGGAUCCUGCAAAGACUCUUGCUGAACAUAAGGAUUUGAUAAACACUGGACCACCAUACACCCUUUACUUUGGCAUUAAAUUCUAUGCAGAAGAUCCAUGUAAACUUAAAGAAGAAAUAACAAGGUAUCAGUUUUUCUUGCAGGUCAAGCAAGAUGUUCUACAGGGCCGCUUGCCUUGUACAAUAAACACAGCAGCACAGCUGGGAGCAUAUGUGAUUCAGUCUGAGCUGGGGGACUAUGACCCGUAUAAGCAUACUUCAGGUUACGUGUCGGAGUACCGCUUUGUUCCAGACCAGAAGGAAGAACUGGAAGAUGCCAUAGAACGGAUACACAAAACUCUGAUGGGUCAAGUUCCUGCUAAAGCAGAAUCAAAUUACUUGGGGCUGGCCAAAUCCCUGGAAAUGUAUGGAGUGGAUCUCCAUCCUGUUUAUGGUGAAAACAAAUCAGAAUAUUUUUUAGGAUUAACACCUGUAGGAGUUGUCGUCUACAAGAAUAAAAAACAAGUAGGGAAAUAUUUCUGGCCGAGAAUUACAAAAGUUCACUUCAAGGAAACACAGUUUGAACUCAGAGUCGUGGGAAAAGAUUGCAAUGAAACUUCCUUCUUUUUUGAAGCACAUAACAAAACUACGUGCAAGCAUCUGUGGAAAUGCUGUGUAGAGCAUCAUACAUUUUUCAGAAUGCCAGAAAAUGAGUCAAACUCUCUAUCAAGAAAAUUCAGCAAGUUUGGAUCCAUAGGUUACAAAAACCGAUACAGUGGUAGGACAGCUUUGCAAAUGACCAGAGACCUUUCUAUUCAGCUUCCCCGGCCCGACCAGUGUAUUGAAAGAAGUCGCAGUAGGACUUACCCAAAAAGAACACAACAGACUGGAUCUAACAGCAUAAAUCAGAUUAUAACAAAUGGGGAGAAUGAAGGAACUACCAAAAUUAUUGCACCUUCUCCAGUAAAAAGCUUUAAAAAGAUGAAAAAUGAAAACAGUCCAGAAACCCAAAGAAGUAAAACAAGAGCACCGUGGGAGGAAAAUGGCCCACAGAGGUAA